CGUGCCAGUAUAUAAAUGCAGCUGUGCCGCUUUCUACGUGGUAUUCUUCUGACUUACGUUGACUCAGUAGUAGCUGACUGUAAGCUUCUUUCCCCAAAAUGCGAGAGUGCAUCUCCAUCCACGUUGGCCAGGCUGGAGUCCAGAUUGGCAAUGCCUGCUGGGAACUUUACUGCCUUGAACAUGGGAUCCAGCCUGAUGGUCAGAUGCCCAGUGACAAGACCAUUGGAGGAGGAGACGACUCUUUCAACACUUUCUUUAGUGAGACUGGAGCUGGGAAGCACGUCCCCAGAGCUGUAUUUGUGGACCUGGAGCCGUCUGUCAUUGAUGAGGUGCGCACUGGGACCUACCGCCAGCUGUUCCACCCUGAGCAGCUGAUCACUGGCAAGGAGGAUGCUGCCAACAACUACGCCCGUGGACACUACACCAUUGGCAAAGAGGUCAUUGACUUAGUGCUGGACAGGAUCCGCAAAUUGACUGACCAGUGCACUGGUCUUCAGGGCUUCCUGGUUUUUCACAGCUUUGGUGGCGGCACUGGCUCUGGUUUCACCUCCCUGCUGAUGGAGCGUCUCUCUGUAGACUACGGAAAGAAAUCCAAGCUGGAGUUCUCAAUCUACCCAGCUCCUCAGGUGUCUACUGCUGUAGUGGAACCCUACAACGCCAUCCUGACCACCCACACCACCCUGGAGCACUCGGACUGUGCCUUCAUGGUGGAUAACGAGGCCAUCUACGAUAUCUGUCGUCGAAACCUUGAUAUUGAGCGUCCUACCUAUACAAACUUGAACAGGCUGAUCAGUCAGAUUGUGUCUUCCAUCACUGCUUCCCUUCGGUUCGAUGGUGCUCUCAAUGUUGAUCUGACAGAGUUCCAGACCAACUUGGUGCCAUAUCCCCGUAUCCACUUCCCGCUGGCCACCUACGCCCCAGUCAUCUCUGCUGAGAAGGCUUACCACGAGCAGCUCUCGGUGGCUGAAAUUACAAAUGCCUGCUUUGAGCCAGCCAAUCAAAUGGUAAAAUGUGACCCUCGCCACGGCAAGUACAUGGCCUGCUGCCUCUUGUACCGUGGUGAUGUGGUGCCCAAAGAUGUAAAUGCUGCCAUUGCCGCCAUAAAGACCAAGCGCACCAUCCAGUUUGUGGACUGGUGUCCCACUGGUUUCAAGGUUGGUAUCAACUACCAGCCACCCACUGUGGUCCCUGGUGGAGACCUGGCCAAGGUCCAGAGGGCUGUGUGCAUGCUGAGCAACACCACAGCUAUUGCAGAGGCCUGGGCCCGUCUGGACCACAAGUUUGAUCUGAUGUAUGCUAAGCGUGCCUUUGUCCACUGGUAUGUAGGUGAAGGUAUGGAGGAGGGAGAGUUCUCAGAGGCCAGAGAAGACAUGGCUGCUCUGGAGAAGGAUUAUGAGGAGGUUGGCAUUGACUCUGUUGAGGGUGAAGGAGAGGAGGAAGGGGAAGAGUAUUGAUCAGAGUUGGAAAAUAUUUUUGUUCUAAACUCCAGUGUUGCAUUUCUUUGUCUUGGUUGCUCCUUCAAAAGCAAUUAAUUUCUGAUGGUUCUUGAUCGUUGCAGCAGCCAUCACCUCCUGCAUGCGCUUAAUUUUUAAUAAAUAUAAUGGUGUGUAGGAAUGACAGUCCAGGCCCUAUGUAAAUUUGGCAACAGGUAGAUGAUUGAGCUGUUCUUGAAGGCAGAAUUCAUGGUGUGGAUCAGUGGCAGCUUGUGGAAUAACCGCACAUGGUGUACAUACGUAGCAUUCACAUAGACUGAUCAAUUUACGCUUAUUCCCCCUUUGACAGUUUUCUGUUAGAAAUCAAUAUAUGGUUUUGUAACACUAUACAGUGAUAGAGCACUCACCAUGGCACAAGUUUUUUUUUUGUGCCUUUGUUCAGGAGUAGUAUGCUGUGUGAUCGGGCCAUAAGUCUGACACGCUUCAACAUUUUCAGGAGUGUUUAUGUCCAAGUUGUAUUGAUGCUAAAGUUUUUGGUGAGCUUCAUGGUCCUCUUUCAGAUGAGCAGAAAUACAGCAGUUUCUACACAGUGGAUCCACUGCCUCAAAUUCUUUAACAGAUAAAGUGCCAGAGAAGAAACUAUUCAAACCUUUAGAAAAUGUUAUUUGUUCAAAUGCAGCACAAUGUCAAAUAAAAUUCUGACUUGA